AUGUCGAAAGAAAAAAAGGAAGGUUCCAAUUUGAUGGGGAAGAAAUAUAAACUGGUGCCCCCCGAUGGGGGAUGGGGAUAUUUAGUAGCAGUAUCGGCGAUUAUCAGUUUUUCAACCACCACGGCGUUUGCUGGCUGUUUCGGAAUGAUGUACGAUGACUUUAUGAAUGAAGUAUCAUUAAAUUCAGCCAGUGUCACACUGCUACUGGGUAUAUUCUGCGUAGCUGUUGCAUUCGCUGGUUUCUUCACAUCGGCCUUGCUGAACAUAAUGUCGAUGCGUAUGCUCGCCUUCAUCUCCUCAGUCAUAUUUGCAUGUGGAACGCUAGGUACUGUCAUAAUGACCACACCAUUCAUGUUCUUCCUCACUGCAGGAGUGUUUCAGGGCAUGGGUUUGGGCGUAAUGUACAACUUGUCCUGCACAAUAGUAAAUGAGUACUUCACUGAAAAACGAGUAUUAGUGAUGAGCUUCGUGCAAACUGCGACGGGAGUCAAUGCUAUGGUGGCGCCAAUAUUCGUGAAAUGGUCACUUGAAACCUUUGGAUCGAAAGGAACUCUAUUGCUUAUUGGUGGCAUAUCGUUGAACAAUUUCGUAGCUGUGAUGCUGAUGCAACCAGUUCAAUGGCACAUGAAGAAAGUGCCAAUUGAAGUCAAUGAAAAGACUGAACUUAAGAACCUUCUAGAAAUAGAAGAGAACAAAGAAGACAGAGCAGAAACGCCAAUUCUGAAGCUAUCAGAUCUAUCAGAUUUAGAAGGCACUACCACGAAAGAAACUUUGGAAAAGUACUUCGAAAUACCAGAGAAAAAGAAAAGUGGUAUCAGGAAAAUAAUAGAAUCAAUGAUAGACACUUCUUUGAUCAAGACAUUUUUGCUUUCUUGUACAUCGGUGGGACCUGCCACAUGCUCUACAGCUGAUGGUAUCUACAUCGUCAUGGUACCACAGUACUUAUACUCAAUGGGAUGGAGCCAAGAAAACGUCGCAAUGGCGAUUACUUUAUACGGUUUUGGUGAUCUGGCAACAAGAGUUUUAUUCACCGUCGUCUCAAAAUGGAUGUACAAACUGGGUAUUCAGAACAUUUACGUUUUCGGUGUAGCUAUAGCAGCCUUGUCGAGAAUUGGUAUGCUUUGGUCCAACAGCACGAUAGUGAUAUUAAUCUACUUCACCUUAAUGGGAGUAGCACAUUGUUCUAUCGCCGUCCUGAUGCCAUUGGUUGUCUCUGAUGCUGUAGCUCCUGAAAAAUUCACAUCAGCUAUGGGCUUCCUUCAACUUCUCUUUGGAGUAAUGAGCAUGGCUAUCGGACCAGUUGUCGGCGCCAUUCGUGACAUCACAAAUAGCUACGCGUCAGCAUUUUACACUUUGAUCUCAUUGUACGGAAUCGUCUGUGUUUUAUGGCCGAUAGAAAUGCUUAUAAAGAGGAGAAAACAAAGAAGAAAAGUUGAUAAAGAAGAUUAUGAAUCUAGUCAAUUAAAGAAAGAAUUAAAAUGA